UUUUUGUUUGUUUUUUUGUCUUUUAGGGCAGAGAAAACAGAAGUUCUGAGCGAAGAUCUUUUACAGGUGGAAAAGCGUUUGGAGCUGGUGAAGCAGGUUUCCCACAGCACUCACAAGAAGCUGACAGCAUGUCUGCAGGGCCAGCAAGGGGUGGAUGCCGACAAGCGCUCAAAGAAGUUACCUUUGACGACACUGGCCCAGUGCUUAAUGGAGGGCUCUGCCAUUCUAGGGGACGACUCCCUGCUCGGGAAGAUGCUCAAAUUAUGUGGAGAGGCUGAGGAUAAAUUAGCCCAAGAGCUUAUCAAUUUUGAGCUGCAAGUAGAAAGGGAUGUGAUUGAGCCUCUGUUUGUACUAGCAGAGGUGGAAAUCCCGAAUAUCCAAAAACAGAGGAAGCACUUAGCAAAAUUAGUACUGGACAUGGAUUCCUCAAGAACAAGGUGGCAGCAGUCUGCUAAGUCGUCGGGUUUGUCAAGCAACUUGCAGCCAUCGGGUGCCAAAGCCGAUGCUCUCAGGGAAGAGAUGGAGGAAGCAGCGAACAGAGUGGAGAUUUGCAGGGCCAACAAGGGCCACAUACAGGGCACCACUGACCAUCCUAAGAUUGCCAAUUGGAGAGGCUCAGAUGCUGAGCUGUUGAAGGACCAGCUCUCAGCUGACAUGUACAAUUUUGUGGCCAAAGAAAUAGACUAUGCAAACUACUUUGAAACUUUAAUAGAAGUGCAAGCAGAAUACCAUAGGAAGUCAUUAGCACUUUUACAGAACGUGUUGCCUCAGAUAAAAGCACAGCAGGAAGCUUGGAUUGAGAAGCCCUCCUUUGGGAAGCCCUUGGAGGAGCAUCUGGCAGUCAGUGGGAGGGAAAUCGCCUUCCCCAUUGAGGCAUGUGUGACCAUGCUGCUUGAGUGUGGCAUGCAGGAGGAGGGUCUCUUCAGGGUGGCUCCCUCCGCCUCCAAGUUAAAGAAACUCAAAGCCGCUCUAGACUGCUGUGUAGUGGAUGUGCAAGAGUAUUCAGCUGACCCGCAUGCCAUUGCAGGAGCACUGAAGUCCUAUCUCCGAGAGCUGCCAGAGCCUCUCAUGACCUUUGAACUUUAUGAAGAAUGGAUUCAAGCCUCCAACAUCCAGGACCAAGAUAAGAGGCUGCAGGCCCUAUGGAAUGCCUGUGAAAAAAUGCCCAAGACCAACUACAACAACAUCAGAUACCUGAUCAAAUUUUUAGCAAAGCUAACAGAGUACCAGGACGCUAACAAAAUGACACCGAGCAACGUGGCAAUAGUGCUGGGUCCCAAUCUCCUCUGGCCUCAAGCAGAAGGGAACAUCACAGAGAUGAUGACGACAGUCUCUCUGCAGAUUGUUGGAAUUAUCGAGCCCCUCAUCCAGCACGCCGACUGGUUCUUCCCUGGAGACAUCGAAUUCAAUGUGACUGGAAACUACGGCAGCCCCAUGCACGUUAAUCACAACGCCAACUACAGCUCCAUGCCUUCACCUGACAUGGACCACUCUGACCGCAAACAGCAUGACCAGGCCCGGCGCCCCCUCAGCGUGGCCACGGACAACAUGAUGCUGGAGUUUUAUAAAAAGGAUGGCCUUAGGAAAAUCCAAAGCAUGGGCGUCAGGGUGAUGGACACAUCUUGGGUGGCCCGCAGAGGCACCUCCAUAGUUCGAAAAGCGUCCUCCACCCCGCCUGCCAUGCAGCCCCCUGCUCCGCCUUCCGAUCUUCCUGCUGCUCCUCAGUCACCAAUUCCUGAGCAAUCUCUUGAUAUUUCAGCUACUCCCCCCCCUACUCCAACUAGCUUUGGCUUCCAGCCAGGAGCCGAACGGGCAAGCACAGAUGAUGUGUCGUCUAGUUGGUCGGAUUCCUGUUACAACUACCCUUCCCCUGAGGAUGACAGGCCUUCCCCUUUUCCUUGCUAUCGGCACCUCCAUCAUUUCUACCCCAAGGCUAGACCCGAGGCCCUCUCGCCACCAUACCGGUGGCCAGGGUACAGCCAAACUCUGCCUCCCCCUUCCUCUUCCUCCUCCUCUGCUUCUUCCUCCCUUCAGCAGCUUGACAUUAACUCUAACCCUAAACCGUGCUUCCUGCACCUCCCCAAGCAGAGCUCCUUCACUGAAUCGCAUGCUCCCGAUAUUAAUAUCUCCCCCCUGUACAUCAAAACCCCACUUGUCUUAACCAAACCUGAUCCACUUGGCACUCCUCACAAGCCCUUAAUGUCAGCCUCUCCCCCCUGGGUCAGCUGCACCUGUGCCAGAGACAGAGGAGCCGGGCUGAGUAGUACUUUAAAAACCAAGGAGCUUUCGCCUGUGUCUGGGCAGCAGAAAGGCAGCCCAGGCUCCAGUAGCAUGGCGCCCUGUGGGAGCACCCAGCAAGCAGCUGGUCCCACUCAGCAGCUGUCCACGGAGCAGAGCCCACACACGCUGCGAAAAGUUUCAAAGAAGUUGGCACCAAUCCCACCCAAGGUUCCCUACGGCCAGUCAGGCGGUAUGUCCGACCAGUCCACGGGACAGCCAUCCCCCGUCAGCCUGUCUCCCACCCCACCGAGCACCCCUUCACCCUAUGGACUGAAUUACCCACAAGGCUACUCUCUGGCCUUAGGCCAACUGUCCCCAGCUGCUGCGCCUUCCCUGUCUUCUCCUCCUUCCCUGACGAGCACUUUAACCAAAUCUCGACCUACCCCUAAGCCAAGGCAGAGGCCCACGCUGCCACCUCCACAGCCUCCCACAGCAAACCUCUCCGGCUCUAGUCCUCAGUCUAUGGAGCACUCCAUGCUUGAUGGCAUGUCCCCCGGGGAAAGCAUGUCCACAGAUCUCGUCCACUUUGAUAUCCCUUCUAUACAUAUAGAGAUUGAUACUGCACUCCACCGGGAUCCACUGGAACAUAUCCAGAGACAUUCAGUAACAAGGAAAGGUGAUUUGGAAGAGGAGGAGGAAGAGUCGGAAAGCACCGCCCUAUGACACACAGUCCCUUUCCCAUGGUGACUCUUGUACAUACAUGUGAUCCCAUUAGCACUCCUGGGGGAGGCACCUCCCACGAUCUUGCCAAGUUUCCUUUCAGUCGGGGCUCCGUUCAUCUGCUGCCAGCGUGAGAUGGACAGAUGUGUGCUGAGAAAAUGGGAUAGCCGGUCUUAGUGGCAAAUGCAUUUCUGGUGCAAUUUCUGUUUCUUAUUUGUCUGUUUGUUUUGCCUUAUCCAAACUUUGCCUUUUGACUUGGUGCCUAAUUACCUCGCUUUCAAGCUUUCAACCUUUUUCCAAAAAUAAUCUGUCUGCCCCAGCACGUGCACUCACUCUCCCCCUCUCUCCGUUUCAUUUGGCUCAAGGGAGAAAGGGACGGGUGGUCCUUGCAGCUGUAGUGCCCAAUAGGCUUGGCUCAGGUUUCACCUCUGUCACCAAAUGGGUGGGAAGUGGCUGUUCUCUGUCCCCUUAUUCUGUAGCUGGUGAAAUCCUUGCCCUUCUGCCCCAGCUGUACUGCUUUGUUGUUAAUGCCCAUUUUGUCUCCAUCCCUUGCAUAAAAGUCAAGGAAUGAGAACUAUUUCCAUAUCACAGAGAUAGAGAAGUGUCACUUUCUGUGUCCUCCUUAACCAUGAAAGGCCGGUGUUUUCUAAACUGCCUGCCAAAAUGAAAGCUUUAGGAUGACCCCUGCAGGUGUUUCUUCAAAGAGGGUGGAUGUUUAGCCCCGUGGGAAUCUCAGCAGUGUUUCAUAGUAUCCAAAUAUUUUGCCUUGGGUUUUCUUUUUCCUGCUGGUCUGUCUGACUACUUCCAGUUGGCAGGGAAAUUGCUUCUCGUCUGAAACGCAGAGAGAGACUUGGUAAGGUAUCAGGGAAGUAGGUAUGAUCAUUCUUCUUACGUUCACUUGCUCUCGUCGGUGCAGCAGUUGGGAGUGUUACGAAUGUGCACACAACUUCCGAAGAGGGAGUAGGCUCUGGUAUUGUGAAUGGGAUUGUGCGAUACCUCUUUGUUUUGAGAGGCGUUGUGGUCUGAAUAGCAAUAAUGUGCUUUUGUCUCCCCCAAGCCAUGCUUCAGCAGGUGGGAUCUAGCCUAGAUGGACAACCUAGACUUUUGGCUCACUACUCUCCAGUGAGAUUUCCUUGUCCCUGCCCUACCCCGUGCUACCAGUUCGUUCAUCAAUAUUUGGAAAGAGUGAGGAUAUGGUGGGGGAAUCUGGCGGCAGGGACAGGUGAUGAGUAGUGACCUGACUGCAGUUCGCUCCAGUGCUGAGCCUUAGCUAACUUUUGUGGUGGUGUGGAGCAGAGGUUUUGGUUGUGCAUGCAAAGACUUAUUUAACCUUUUAUCCUUUUGAAAGAGAUAUAUAUAUAUAUCUGACCACAUAGAUAUAUAUAUUAUAUAUUUGUAUAUAUAAAAUAUAUAUAUUUGUUUUAUUUGAGCCAUUCCAUCUGAACUGGUGUACAAAUGUAAAGUGUAAAUUUAACUGCUUAGCAUUCCCCAGCCCCCCUCCCUCUCCCCCUUCCCAGUCCCAGGUCCAAUAUAAAUGUAUAAAGUGUAUUCUCUUACAGCAGUAUUUGCCAGGUAGGAUGUUAUAGCUUUUGCACAGGUCAUAACUGCAACUCAUCACCCAAACUGUAAUGGGGAAAGGGGUCAGGGUGGUAGGGGAAAAUCACAUGAAAUAAGUGUUCAAAUUGCUGUCAAAGCUGUUAUUAAAACUGGGUUUCUUCUCCUC